AAUCUUGAUCCACUCCCCUCCGUCCCUCACCCCUCACUGGUGGGGUAUUUAAAGCCACCUGAGGAUGACCGCUCCCACACAGCCAUCAUGAAGGUCCUGGUCUUUGCUCUGCUCGUCGUCGGCGCCUACGGUUGUGGGAACCCCACCUUCCAACCUGUGGUCUCCAGAGUGGUGGGAGGAGAUGAUGUCAGACCCAACAGCUGGCCCUGGCAGGUUUCUCUGCAGUACCUCAGCGGUAGCAACUACUACCACACCUGUGGAGGCACUCUGAUCUCUGACUCCUGGGUUCUGACCGCCGCUCACUGCAUCGGAAGCCGCACCUACCGUGUGUUCCUGGGCAAGCACAACCUGAAGGAGGACGAGGCCGGUUCCAUCGCCAUAGCCCCCGCUAAGAUCGUGGUCCACGAGCAGUGGGACUCCUCCAGAAUCCGUAACGACAUUGCUCUGAUCAAGCUGCAGACCCCUGUGACCGUUUCUCACACCAUCAUGCCCGCCUGUCUGCCCGAUGCUGGACAGGUUCUCGACCACGACUUCCCCUGCUACGUCACCGGCUGGGGACGCCUGUGGACCGGUGGUCCCAUCGCUGAUAUCCUGCAGCAGGCUCUGCUCCCCGUGGUGGGCCACUCCACCUGCUCCAGGUACGACUGGUGGGGCAGUCUGGUGACUACCAGCAUGACCUGCGCUGGAGGAGACGGACAGCUGGCCAGCUGCAACGGUGACUCUGGCGGCCCCCUGAACUGCCAGUCUGCUGAUGGCUCAUGGGAGGUGCACGGCGUGGUCAGCUUCGGCUCCAGCAUGGGCUGCAACUACCCCAAGAAGCCCUCUGUCUUCACCCGCGUCAGCGCCUACAGUGCCUGGAUCAGCAACGUGAUUGCCAAGAACUAAACAGGCAUCCAGAUUGGAUCAUUUCAUUGUUUAUAGAUCUAAAUGUAGAAAUAAAGAAAUGGACUGAG